CUGCGUGAAAGCUUCUCUCCUCGCUGCACAAACAUUCCCGGCAAGGCUCGCCAUGGCUGAAGCUUUCGCGGGCGUCUGGAACCUGGUCGACAGCAGCAAUUUCGACGAUUACAUGAAAGCUGUCGGCGUGGGCUUUGCCACGAGGCAGAUGGCAAACCUGACCAAACCCACCACCAUUAUUGAGGUUGACGGCAACAAGAUCACCCUCAAGACCCAGAGCACUUUCAAGAGCACAGAGAUCAAAUUCACAAUAGGAGAAGAAUUUGAGGAGACGACCGCAGAUGAAAAACACAGUUGA